GCGCUUGCGCAGAGGAGAGUAACUGCCGGUUGGUGGCUGCUGCUCCGCAGUGGGGAGCGCGACGGGUAGGGACUGGGAGCCGGUGUCGGCCGCCGAGACCGCUGCAGCGACAGGCCCGCGGGGAGCGGAAGGCACCGGGCGCAGUUAUGUCUGUGGUCGGCAUCGACUUGGGCUUCCUCAACUGCUAUGUCGCGGUGGCGCGGAGCGGCGGCAUCGAGACCAUCGCCAAUGAGUACAGCGACCGCUGCACCCCAGCUUGUAUAUCUCUAGGAUCCAAAACCCGGGCCAUAGGAAAUGCAGCAAAAAGCCAGAUUGUCACAAAUGUAAAGAAUACAUUACAUGGCUUCAAAAAAAUGCAUGGAAGAGCAUUUGAUGAUCCCUACAUACAAGGUGAAAGAGUCAAACUUCCCUAUGAACUUCAGAAGAUGCCAAAUGGGAGUGUAGGUCUGAAGGUGCGAUACCUAGAUGAAGAGAGACCAUUUGCAAUUGAACAGGUUACAGGAAUGCUUUUGGCCAAGCUUAAAGAGACUUCAGAAAGCGCACUAAAAAAACCAGUGGCAGACUGUGUGAUUUCAGUCCCUAGUUUCUUCACUGAUGCUGAGAGAAGGUCUGUAAUAGCAGCUGCGCAGGUUGCAGGUUUAAACUGUCUGAGGCUGAUGAAUGAAACUACAGCAGUUGCACUAGCUUAUGGAAUUUAUAAGCAAGAUCUACCAGCCUUGGAGGAGAAACCAAGAAAUAUAGUCUUUGUAGAUAUGGGCCAUUCUGCAUACCAAGUUUCAGUUUGUGCUUUUAACAAAGGAAAACUGAAGAUCUUGGCUACUGCUUUUGACCCUUUUUUGGGUGGCAGAAACUUUGACGAGGCUUUAGUAGAUUACUUCUGUGGGGAAUUCAGGACAAAAUAUAAACUGAACGUGAAAGAGAAUGCUCGGGCACUGCUGCGCUUGUAUCAGGAAAGUGAAAAACUGAAGAAACUUAUGAGUGCAAACGCUUCUGACCUCCCACUCAACAUUGAGUGCUUCAUGGAUGACCUUGAUGUCUCCAGUAAGAUGAACAGAGCUCAGUUUGAACAGUUAUGUGCUCCUCUCCUAGCUAAAGUGGAACCUCCUCUAAGAACAGUAAUGGAUCAAGCUAAACUACAGCGUGAAGACAUAAGCAGUAUAGAAAUUGUAGGUGGAGCCACUAGAAUCCCAGCAGUGAAGGAACAAAUAACUAGGUUCUUCGGUAAAGAUAUAAGCACUACGCUGAAUGCAGAUGAAGCUGUCGCAAGAGGUUGCGCAUUACAGUGUGCAAUUCUCUCCCCAGCAUUUAAAGUGCGUGAGUUUUCGAUCACCGAUGUUAUUCCUUAUUCAAUAACUCUAAGAUGGAAGUCCUCUUAUGAGGAAGGAACUGGGGAAUGUGAAGUUUUCAGUAAGAACCAUGCUGCUCCAUUUUCAAAAGUUAUUACUUUCCACAAGAAGGAACCUUUUGAUCUGGAAGCAUAUUAUACCCAUCCAAACGAAAUACCUUAUCCUGAACCCAGAAUAGGGCGUUUUGCUAUUCAGAAUGUUGGUCCUCAGUAUGACGGUGACAAUUCCAAAGUAAAGGUUAAAGUACGUGUCAAUGUACAUGGAAUCUUCAGUGUGGCUAAUGCAUCAGUAAUAGAGAAGCAAAAUGUGGAAGGAGAUCACAGUGAUGUACCUAUGGACACAGGAUCAUCAUGUAAGAAUCAAGGCAAAGAUGAUGAGCUGCAAUUCUCUUUCAUAAUUGAGGAUGAUACCCUUGACUCUGAGGAUAAGGAUAAAAUGCAGGUUGACCAAGAGGAAGGUAAUCACAAAAGCCAGGCAGAACAGCCAAGCCAAGCAGAUGAGGAAAGUGAACAACAUGGAGGAACUGAAACAAAGACUGCUUCAGGAGACAAGCCAGAUCAUCUGGCUCAGCCUGUUAAAGCUAAAGCGAAGAUCAAAAGUAUUGAACUACCUAUCCAGGCUAGUCUGUAUAAACAGUUGGGGCAGGACCUUAUCAAUAGCUACAUAGAAAAUGAGGGGAAGAUGAUGAUGCAAGACAAGCUAGAGAAAGAAAGAAAUGAUGCUAAGAAUGCUGUUGAAGAGUAUGUGUAUGAUUUCAGAGACAAGCUGUGUGGUGUCUUCGAAAAAUUCGUCACCGAGGAAGAGUCCAGUAAACUGACCUUAAUGUUGGAAGAUACAGAAAACUGGCUUUAUGAAGAUGGGGAGGACCAACCAAAACAAGUAUAUAUGGACAAACUUCAGGAAUUAAGAAAAUUUGGUCAGCCUAUUCAGGAAAGGUUCAUGGAACAUGAAGAGAGACCAAAAGCUUUAAAUGACCUGGGAAAGAAGGUCCAGCUUCUAAUGAAAGCAGUAGAAGCAUUCAAAAAUAAGGAUGAAAAAUAUGAUCAUCUUGAUCCUGCUGAGAUGGAGAAAGUUGAAAAGUGUAUUAGUGAAGCCAUGAAUUGGUUGAACACCAAAAUGAAUGCCCAGAAUAAAUUAAGUCUGACUCAGGAUCCAGUUGUGAAGGUGGCAGAAAUACUAGCAAAAUCUAAGGAAUUGGAUAGUUUCUGUAACCCUGUUAUUUACAAGCCUAAGCCAAGGAUGGAGCCCCCAAGUGAAGCUCAAACAAAAGCCAAUGGUGAACACAACGGACCAGUGAAUGGACAGAGUGGUGCUGAAACAAAACCAGAUCCAGCAAAGGACAAUGCUCAGCAGACCAAACCAUCUGGAGAAAUGGAAGUGGACUAAAUUUUACAUAUUUCUUUCACUUAAUUAAAAUAGUGCAAGUAACUACAGGGUCCAUUCUUCUUUUAUGUCUGGUACCACUACAGCUGUUCAGUUAUUCUUAGCCAACUUUCUGUCCUUUGUUCUUUGCAGUAGUUUUGAAUGUGUUUUAUAUUGAGUACCCUCCAAUGUUCAUUUCCAUUGAUCCUGCUUAUGUGGAGCUUUAGCCGAAUGUAGAUUGUAAAAGUCAGUUUAAGCUUUCCCAAUAUAUUUUAUAUCAAACAUACAGAAUUGAUAUAUAAAUAGCAACAAUCUACCUUAUUCAAAGCUUUUAUUGUGGAUAAACCUCAGUUCCUUUAAUCAGAAAAGGACACUGUAUUGCACUACUGAUGCUGAAGUGUAGAUUUAAUUGCAUCUUUAUUUUGGAAAAAUAUUGGAAUUGAAGUGGUGUAAAUAUUGCCACUUGAAGCACUGACCUUUUUUCUAGUUAUUGUACUGUUAUUUAAAUAUUAAAAUAGAGGCUAGCUAGUAUACUAGUUCAUCUUGUUGAUGAGAACUGUAAGGUCUUUAUAUUUUUUCAUAUAAAACAUUCAAGCUUAGAAGAGAGAAUUUUCUUAAUUUGAGAAUUAAGAACAAACAAUUAUAAAAUAAUACUGGUAAAUUGGCUUUGUCAUUUGUUCAAAAUAAUAUUCUUGGUUGGCCUCUUCAUACACUUGCACCAAAUGUACCUGUGCUCAUGGUAGACUGAUAGAGUUACAGUAGUACAUAGAAUUUGCAAGGACUAACUAUCUUACACUUUCAAAAGAAACAUUGAUUUUUUUUUUUUUAUUUGCACUUGUUACAUCUGGUUUUAUUGGCUAGAUUUCCCAUCAGUUAAAACCAAUACAUGUUUUCUCAAACAGCACAUCUUUGUACACCAUUACAGAGAAAUAGCUUAAAAAAAACCCCAAAACCCUAAUAUUGUUUCAUAAACUGGCUUUUAGCAUAUUUAAUUCUAAGGUGUGGAUUUAAAUCCUUUACAUUACUGAAAAUUCGAAAUGAAAGCAGAAGGGACUAUUUACACUAUAAUUGGCAAAUGAUCCUUAUGAUGAGGGAUGUUAAUAUGUUAAACAGGCAGUAAGUACACCAAUUAUGUGUGGGGAGCUUAAUCAUUCCUGCCAAAUGUAAGCUGUUGCAGAAGUGUUGAGAAACCAAGGUUUAUUUCAAAUCUAUAUUUGAGUUAAACCUAGAUCAUAUGUAAAUUUUACAUUAUAAAAUCUCCAACUGAUAUUGGACAAGGCUGUAGAUUUUUUACUAUAAUUAAAAAAUGGCAUCACUAUCAAAACACUCAUAAUGAAGACGACUUACAAUGGGCAAUCAUAUGAUUUGCUUUCACACAUUGUCUUGUCAAGCUAACAGGCUAGUGGGGAAAAAUUCUAAUCUUAAACUGUUUCCUAGGUUAGUGUAAAAAAGUGUAAUUUGAAACCGGAGUAAUAUGUUUUGAAUCAGUCUUUGGUGACUCCUUUCCUUAAAUUUUCUUAAGAAAUUCUGACAUGGUUAGAUAGUCACUGGCAUACGCAGUAGUGUUGUAUAGAGUUGGCACUCAAGGAAGUGCAGGUGGUGUAGCACUUUCUAGAAAAACUAUGACAAAAUCCCUACUAGGGACUGAGAUGAGACCAUAAAAUGUUAUCAGCUUGUAGUCAAGCCUAGCUCCAAAUAGUACAUUAAACCAUUUUGCCACCUCAUCCCAUUGUUUUUUAUCACACAUUCCAAAAGUAAGUUGUUCGGUGUCUUUAUUCUGUUUUAAGCUUGUUACUGCUGUGGAUUGACUCUAAGCAAAGAUGUAAACAAAUGUCAGGCUUUUUCAGCUCUUAGUGCAAGUGCUUACAUUCCAUCAGUAUAUUAAUGAAGACUGUACCCUAGACUGUGUAAUAUGACUGCAGUUCUUUCAGAGGAAAGAUGUCUUUUGUAGGAUUUGAUAGUUUAUAUGGUCUUGACAAACUAUAGAACAGAAGACAUACUAUCUUCAACCUAAAAACAAGAUCAAUUACAUAAAUAUGUACUGCCAUAUAAAUCACAGCAAUAAUAAAAAUGUUGAUGUAAUACAAAAGGCUGACACUAACUAGUUAGCCUUUUGUUUUUAGAGACAUGUAGUUUUCUGCAUUAAAGAUGUUAGUGGUGACCAAAAACAAUCUGGGAUCCUGAAUCAUGGUCACUUUUGCCAUUUUUCUCUUUAAGACUUCAUAAAUUCAGACCUUAAUUGCAAAAUCUUUUUCUCUCCCUCCCCCAAUGAAAAAAAUUGACCUUAUUUAAAAUUUUAGCUAUCCUUAUGAAAUAGGAUUUAAAGUAGUUUUUCCACACUUUCUAAUGUUCAGAGUUUUUUCCCCCCUAUAGCUACAGUACACCUGUUAAGUUAACAAAUGUAUGACUACAUCGUUCAGUCUUACAUCCCACUAGUAUCUGGCAUGGCCUAGUAUUCCAAACUGCUUGUAAGCAGGUAUUCAUAAAACGUACACUCAGAUGUAACCCAAUGUCACAAUCAGCUACAAUAUGUUAACUUUUGAAUAUAAUGAAAUUAACUUGGAGGUAUCUGUUAGGAGAGGCUUUGAGACACAGUAGCAAAAUAGAUGCUGUAGAAAUAUUUGCAUGGUUUCCAAAUUGGUUUUAAAAGUUUUUAAAGCAUAAAAGAAAGAGGCACUUAAUAUAUUAAGUAUAAAUGUAAGGACAAUAAAUAUUUGAAGGGUUGUGCAAAAUUAUCUAGAGUAUUCCAAACACUUGUUUACUUACUGGUGUUCUCCCUCAGUCUUUUCUAGCUUAUGAUGGUAAUGGUUUGCAGAAAAUAAGGAUAUUAUCCAAAAGCCUGUCAACUUCUAGAUUUAUUCCAUGAGUAGUAAUUGGGUUACCAGGAGUUAAAGCUUCCCCCUUCUGACAGUCUUGGGUUAAAACCUGUCGUCCAACUUUGAAAGCUUCAAAAAAGUGUACUGAUAUUAAGAGGCCCUGGUCUGAUAUUCUAGCAGGAAAUCUUACCCGAGCACAAAUUUUGAAAGGUCUUCUUUGAGAUUCAUAGAAUAACUGCUAGUAAUAAAAAAGCCACAAUUUUUCAGAAUCAUGUGUGUAUAUAUUGGCACACUUGUCAACCCUGAGAAGAACAAAGGUAUCAUCUUAGGCAAUGUGACACACCAUUAGAAUGAUACACGUGUUUGGGUACACAGUACUAGCAGUAGUGUAUUUAGAAUGUCCUGGCCUUAUGUUUAUGCAAUGAAAGAAGGAGAUGGUUAGAACUUAAAUGCUGGCAUCUUAACCUUGAUAUUUUAGUAGUCCACACAUCUGAGCUGUUUUAGAAGACCCCUUAAGUUUUUUUCCUGCAAGGGAAGAGGCAGAUGCAGCAGUGCCUCUAAGAAUGGCAUGGACUUUCUAGAUCCAGUGGGAGUCUGUUUUAUGGGUAUGGAAAUAGAUGUAUUAAAAAAGUGAACAGAGAGAAGUUUUCAAGAACCAUCUUGAUUAAAGUUUAUUAGCUUAAUUCCAUUCAGUAGCUUAAAAUAGUGAAAAAUAAAACUUUACAUACUGGUAAAUAGAACUACAGAGUGAACAUGGUGGAAGGCAGAAUGUGCGGCUCUUCAGUGGGUUGAUCAAAGAAAUCAAGAGCUUUGGUUUACAGUUUAUUGUGGAGUCAUGAAAACAGCUAAUUGACUGAUCAAAAAAUUUUGUAUUGUACUGGCUUUCUUAAUCUAAUCUAGAUUUGCAUCAGUUUUUGAAAUGCACUAGCAAGAAACUCUGCUUCAUAAUCAAACCUGUCCAUUGGUUCAGUAUGCAGGAAUCUUAUUAUAAAUGGACUGAAAACACA